AUGGCGCGAUCAUCAUUCAAGGACGAACAUCCAUUUGAGAAGCGCAAGGCUGAAGCAGAACGUAUUCGACAAAAGUACAUUGAUAGAAUUCCUGUCAUUUGCGAAAAGGUCGAGAAGAGCGAUAUUGCUACUAUUGACAAGAAGAAGUACCUUGUCCCGGCUGAUCUGACUGUCGGACAGUUCGUGUAUGUCAUCCGCAAGCGCAUCAAGCUUUCGCCAGAGAAGGCCAUCUUUAUCUUUGUGGAUGAGGUACUGCCACCGACUGCCGCGUUGAUGAGCUCAAUCUAUGAAGAGCACAAGGAUGAAGAUGGAUUCCUCUAUAUCACAUACUCUGGCGAGAACACCUUUGGCCAUGAGCUUUGA